UAUGAACAUAACCUAUAAAUUUAAAUCGUUGUGUAAUUUAAUAACAAUUUUUUUGACACGAAGAUUGGAUUAUUUCAUUCAUAUUUACUUAAUCGAUAGUCUGCGUGGUAUGUUUAAAAAGUAAAUUUAAAGUACAUAAAACAAAAGAAUUAAUUUUAAUGUCGUACAUGACAUACAGUCAGAAACCUUUCACUCCCGUUCCUCCAGACAAAGGAAGUUUUCCGUUAGAUCACGAGGGUAUUUGCAAAAAAUUAAUGGUAAAAUAUAUGAACUGUUUGCGUAAAACCCAUAGCGAUAAUUCACAGUGCAGAAAAGAAUCGAAAGAGUAUCUUGCGUGUCGAAUGGAAAACAAUCUUAUGGCCAAAGAGGACUGGUCAAAGUUAGGAUUUACAGAAAUGAAAACAGAAUCGGAAUAGCUAAUUAAUUAAUU